UUAUGAUUUUGAACAUUCAUCAUAUUUCUAAAAGCAGCUUAUAUAUUAAUUGCUUUUCCCUAAUUUACUAUUUCACAAAUCCAAAUCAAAUUAAAACCAACCAUCAUUUAUUCUCUAAGCUUUAAUCAUCAACCAAAGCAACCUCUGCUCCAUAAUUUUCAGUUUAAAAACCUUGCAAAGCUACCCCUUUCCCCUGUCAGAAAAAACCUUCUCUCUUUUUCUCUCUGAGAAUACAGAACAAUGGCUACCCACAGAAAAAUGGACAGUGAAGACCAAGAAACCCUGUUUCAUUCCUACCCAUGUGCCUACUACGUGCAGAGCCCAUCUACUAUUUCUCAUGCAAACAGUGCAGAGCUCAAAACCCAAAGUCUUGAAUCCACAUUUCACUCACCUUCAAGAUCCGAUACUAAUAUUCUCCUCAAUAAGAACCCUGAGGUCUCAAGAUUCACUCUCUCUCGUUACUCCUCUUCUCGUGGCUCUAACAACUCUUUCUUGAAUGAGAAGAAGAUUAGUGGAGAUGAGAAUGGCGUUAACCGUUUGAUCAUUAUUGAUGCGCAUGGACGUGGUGAUGGUGCUUAUGGGGCGGAGGAGGAGGAGGAGGAGGAGGAGGAUGAAGAUGAGGAGUAUUAUUAUGGGAGGAAAGGUGGGUGGUGGUGGAGGUAUUGUUCUUUUAGAAGGAGCAAUUCUUGUGCUUGGGUUUCUUUGCAAAUAAGUUGGAGACUUUUGGUGAGUUUGGGAGUUGCCUUGCUUGUUUUCUACAUUGCUACUAAGCCACCGCCACCCAAGAUGUCGAUCAAGAUGGCAGGAAUCCAGCAAUUUGAACUAGGGGAAGGAGUAGAUGGCACUGGUGUUACAACUAAGAUCCUCACCUGCAACUCUUCCAUGGAUCUUAUCAUAGAAAACAAGUCUAAGCUCUUUGGCCUUCACAUUCAACCUCCAUUGCUUGAAAUGUUCUUCGGUCGCCUUCCCUUCGCAAUGUCUCGUGGUUCAAAACUGUAUGCUGAAGCAAAGGGUUCAACAGUGUUCAAACUGUACGUGGGAACCAAGAACAAACCCAUGUAUGGAGCAGGAAGAAACAUGCAGGACAUGCUAGAUUCUGGAAAUGGAUUGCCAAUAUUGAUUCGAGUAGGCUUGAGCUCCCAUUUUCGGGUGGUUUUGAAUCUUAUCAAGCCAAAAUAUCAUCACCAAGCACAAUGUCUACUACUCCUGGAUAGCAAAUAUGAUCAGAAACAUCGAACCCAAGUAUAUAACAGCACCUGCACAAUGUAUUAAAUCCCUCUUAAUUACAUAGUGUUUAGAACUCCUUUUUUAUCAGCAAAUAUAUGAAACAUCAUAAACAGAGAGGAAUAUAUAUAUAUAUAUAUAUAAAGGUUGAAAGAAAUUAUGUGCGUGUAAGUAUAAUACAACAUCUACAGAGAUGUUUUUUUUUUCACAUAAUUAUUGUGAAUUAUUCAGCAUAAUGAGA